AUGGUGGUAGGCGCACUUUUGGCCAUUGCGGGCGCGUCGACAGCAGGUGUGACAAGUGGCUUGCCUGAUGCAGAGUGCUGGCAAGACGAUUUCAACGAGGAUUUUUGCUGUGGUGACCGCUGGGGGCUGACGGGAAAUCCUGCAUGCUGGAAUGAGGAAUUUACCUACCUCCGUUGCUGUGGCAUCGACAAGCUGCCACGAAGGCCGGACGAUGACACCAAGUGGGAGGCAUCGACGGCAGGAAUUGAACUGGAGGAUGGUGGCGAAUACGACUUCAUAGUGGUUGGUGCUGGAUCCGCUGGUAGUGCCGUUGCAUCUCGGUUGGCUGCCGCAGACACCGUCGAUGGACAGCCAUGGCGUGUUCUCAUCCUCGAGGCCGGUUCCUGGAGUGUUGCGGAGGAGGUAGCGGAUCCCGAUCGCAGUGCGCAAAAGAAGGAAGCGUGGUGGCCGGCAUUGGAGGUGAACUGGAGCGUUGGAAGGGAGGGAAGGACGUGGACAUAUGCGACUGGUCGAGGUGUUGGGGGAACUGCCAGUGUCAACUCAAUGAUCUACACGCGAGGAUCCAUUUUCGAGUACGAGGCCUUUGGAUGGUCCGUCGAUGAAGUCCUGAGCGCCUUCAAGAACUUGGAGGCACCUAUGGAAGCUCCCGGCUUCAAGCCAGACCCACACUACCAUCGACCUCUGCCCACAGGUGGACUCGAAGACCUGGGCUCCAAUCUGCCGGGCAGUCACCUGACCUUGGUGUCUGCUUUCCCCGAGGAGCUUCCUCCUCUCUUCCGAAACUUGAUUGCUGCCUUCGAAGGCAUUCGUGUGCCCUUCAGGGUGGAUCCCCAUGGAAAUGCAACGAACCAGGGCAUCGGUGGGAUGUGGCGCUCCAUGGGUUGUGGGCACCCGCGGUGUCAGCCAACUCGUAUUUCCCGCGUGACGGCUGCACGCGGAAGACCUCGAUCAACCACAUACAAGGAUCUGGCAGCCCCCUUUCAUGGCUCGCCUGCGCACAGGCUGGAGACGCUGACUCAUGCCUUUGCAGAGCGCAUCAGCUUUGACGGCAACCAGGCUGUUGGUGUGGAGAUCUCGGUGACUUCUGACGAUGCUCCUCAGGUGGUUCAGCGUCGCCUCCGAAUUCGGGCCAAACACGAGGUCAUCAUAGCAGCGGGUGUCCUCGCCACUCCGAAGUUGCUCACGUUGUCCGGUGUGGCCGAACCUAAGGAGCUCGCCCGACUGGGUGUUCCCGUGAUCGCCAGCUCGCCUUCUGUCAGCCGCCACUUCCAUGAGCACGUCGGAUUGUCAAUUGUAGCACAUACCAACGUCCCGUGUCCGGAAGGAUAUCACCUCAGCGAAGAUGGACACACAACGACGCAUCUGGGAAACACGGACCAGUUCAUUGGACAACUCUACGCCUUCCUAAAUGCCACGGACAAUCGACCGGGUGAGCCUGGUCCAGUGGACGCUGAGGUUAUGUUGCUGGAGGGCUGCCUUGAAGGCCAUCUCAGCUUGACUUUCACGAUCAUCUUGCUGCAAGCGCGUACUCGUGGAAGGCUUGUCGUGCAGUCUCGACACCCGAUGGCCUCGCCCCAUCUUGACUACAAGCCCCUGAGCAACAGCGAUGACAUUCAGGUAAUCGCGAACACCAUUCGCCUCCUGUAUCAGGGCGUUUUCGCUUCAGAGCAGAUGGCUCCUUUCGAGCUGGGCAUCAGUCCCGGUGUGGAGGUGGUCGCAGACUUCCAGAAGUUGGCGCAAUGGAUUCGCGCCAACAUCUACUACUAUUCCCACCCCACUGGGCUGGGUGCUGAUCCAGAUGCAUCCGAGAUGGACCUGCGGCAGUGCUUCCUUCGCAAAGCAGUGGAAGUUCAUCCCGCUACGCUCAGGAACUGCAAGCAGGUCGUGGACGUGUGUCGCAGGACCUGGGUCUGCGAAAAGAGCGUCAAUCAGGUAGAUGAGCAGAGCGACACCAAGAGACACGUGCUUCCUGACAGUCAGGUGACGCCAACAACAGUGGCUUGUGGUAUGGCUGUGUCGGCUGGACUGCUGGCUGCUGGCUGCGUUGCCAGUGCUGCAGGAUAUCCUGCACUAGGCAUGGCUUUGAUCAACGUGCUUUCCAGCAUUCCAGGUGAUGACAUCCAGGCAGCUUUGUGUUCAAACUCAUCGACGUCGAAGACGAAUCACAACAGCAACAUCUUCUACAGCCGAGCACCGGGUCAGAGUGUCAACUACGACGGCCCCGAAAGCACAGCGGUGGUCUCGUGCCGCCACUACGGCAGCGGCCACUUCCGCCCGCACCGUCCUGUGAAUGGAGCAUUCCACAACGAGAUACUGCAGCUCAAAGUCGGGGCGGCGGGAACCUACGGCUCCUAUGGCCCGCCGAGAGUCCUCCAUGGCCGAGAUAAAUGGGACUCCACGCGAAUCGGCCGGUAUUUCAGCUUCAACUCGGACAUCUACAUGCCCGACCUGAGCACACGCGGGGUGAGGCGAUGCCGGUUCCGGGACACGAGCCAUGCCAACCGCAAUAAGGUGUUUGACGUGCGGACCCCGAACGUGCCAGUAAGCUCCAGAGUGGGACAAAGAUAUGGCCGCCGUACACCAAGCAGCUAUGCUUCGUCGAGUGAUUGGUGGCCGGGCGGGAGUACCAGCUCGGACGGUAGGCGGAUUGUCGAAGCAGCCGACGCCAGUGACAGCGAAGAUUUGCUUGAUUCUGACGAUGAGGAUUCUCGGGUGAUUCUUCCCGGAGACACGAUUCGAGUGGUGGCACUCCAGGGCGCCAGUGGUCGUCUUGGUCAAGUUCUGAAGGCUCCGACACAUUCAGGUGGGAACUUUCAGGUCCAGCUUUUCCCCCCUCCUAUAAGGAGAAGUAGUGCGAGACUCGUCAGUGUCAAGAAGGAGAACCUCCAGCUGGCGAAUGUUGCUCGCUCGGGGAGUUCUUCUGCCGACAAUGACAAAAGUAGCCAUCGCCAACCGCUGAAGACUCCGUGCCCCAAGGAGAGCACAUGUCCCCGGACUUGCUCUGAGAAUGUUCCGUUAUCCACAACGGAGUUUCUGUGA